GCGGCAGGCGCGGGAGCUGGCGCUGGAGCCGGAGCGGCGGCGGCGGCAUUCACGGGGCGGCGGCGGCGGCGCGGGCUCCCGCACGGGCUUGGGCUCCGGCAUGGUGCAAUCCGCCCUCGUCCCGGGAGAGCGGGGCCCGGGCGCGGGGCCGGCGCUAAGGGAGCGGCGGCAGCGAGGGUGGCAGUGUCGGCUGCAGGCUCAGGCAGGCGGCAGGUGCUAGAAGCGGAGCUGGGCGAGGUGUGUGCCCGUUGGGCUCCGGGGCCGCCGCCCCCUCACUGCUCCCAUCUUUCCCUCCCUUUGGGCUUUCCAGCGAGUCCAACCCCCUGUCUCCGCGCCCCGGCCCAUGGCGCCCCGCGGUUGAGCCGGCGCCGCCAGGGACCCCUCCCGCGGGCCUCCCCGGGGCGUGCAGAUCCCGGAGCCUCCCGCCCACCCUCCGAGGAGCCUCCCUCUCUUGCUCGCCCGAGGCGGGCGGGACCAUGGCUGCAAAGCUGCGAGCGCAUCAGGUGGACGUGGACCCAGACUUCGCGCCGCAAAGCCGGCCGCGCUCGUGUACCUGGCCCCUGCCGCAGCCUGACUUGGCCGGCGAAGAAGAUCGAGCGCUAGGUUCAGGGGUGGCUGAGGGCGCCGAGGACUGCGGGCCGGAGCGCCGGGCGACGGCCCCGGCCAUGGCCCCAGCGCCGCCGCUGGGAGCGGAGGUCGGACCGCUGCGGAAAGCCAAGAGCUCCCGACGGAACGCGUGGGGAAACCUGUCGUACGCCGACCUCAUCACCAAAGCCAUCGAGAGCGCCCCGGACAAGCGGCUCACGCUCUCCCAGAUCUACGACUGGAUGGUCCGUUACGUGCCCUACUUCAAGGAUAAAGGCGACAGCAACAGCUCCGCCGGCUGGAAGAACUCCAUCCGGCACAACCUGUCGCUCCACACCCGUUUCAUCCGCGUGCAGAAUGAAGGCACAGGCAAGAGCUCAUGGUGGAUGCUGAACCCUGAGGGCGGGAAGACCGGCAAGACCCCGCGGCGCAGGGCGGUGUCCAUGGACAACGGGGCCAAGUUCCUGCGCAUCAAAGGCAAGGCAAGCAAGAAGAAGCAACUACAGGCACCUGAGCGAAGCCCCGACGACAGCCCCCCAGGCGCACCAGCCCCGGGGCCUGUGCCUGCUCCGGCCAAAUGGGCCACCAGCCCAGCCUCGCAUGCCAGCGACGACUACGAGGCGUGGGCCGACUUCCGCGGCGGCGGGAGACCCCUGCUCGCGGAAGCGGCCGAAUUGGAGGAUGACGAGGCUCUGGAGGCUCUGGCGCCAUCGUCGCCGCUCAUGUACCCGAGUCCGGCGAGCGCGCUGUCACCCGCGCUAGGUGCGCGCUGCCCGGGGGAAAUGCCUCGCCUGGCGGAGCUGGGAGGCCGUAUAGGCCUGCACGGUGGCGGCGCGGGGAUACCCGAGGCCCUGCUGGACAGCGCGCAGGACGCGUACGGGCCACGGGCCCGCGCCGGGACGCCUGCCUACUUCGGGGGCUGCAAGGGCGGUGCCUACGGCGGGGGUGGAGGCUUCGGGCCACAGGUGCUGGGAGCGUUGCGCCGCCUACCCAUGCAGACCAUUCAGGAGAACAAGCAGGCGAGCUUCGCCCCAGCCGCCGCGUCCUUCCGCCCCGGGGCGCUGCCCACGCUGCUGCCGCCCCCGCCGCCACCCGCGCCACGCCCCGGCCCGGUGCUGGGUGCGCCCGGGGAGCUGGCGCUGGCUGGCGCGGCUCCCGCCUAUCCCGGCAAGGGCGCGGCCCCGUACGCGCCGCCGGUGCCCUCGCGCAGUGCCUUAGCUCACCCCAUCAGCCUUAUGACGCUGCCCGGCGAGGCGGGCACCGCGAGCUUGGCGCCGCCUGGCCACACGGCCGCCUUCGGGGGCCCGCCCGGUGGCCUCCUACUGGAAGCACUGCCGGGGCCAUACGCCACCGCCGCCGGGCCACUGGGUGCCGCGCCAGACCGCUUCCCGGCCGACCUGGACCUCGACAUGUUCAGCGGCAGCCUCGAGUGCGACGUCGAGUCCAUCAUCCUCAACGACUUCAUGGACAGCGACGAAAUGGACUUCAACUUCGACUCGGCACUGCCUCCACCGCCGCCUGGCCUGGCCGGGGCCCCGCCCCCCAACCAGAGCUGGGUACCCGGCUGAGGGGCCGCUUCCGCGCGCCGGGCGUCUGCCCCGCCCCCAAGGGGCUUCCGUCUUCCCGUCCUGAUCCCCAGGUCCCCACCCCCGUUCCAGCUCCAGAGAGGAUCCAGGAGGCAGCCCGGCCCUGCUAGAGACACCCCUCAGAAGAUGGCUGCCGGGGGAAGUGGCAGGGAGGGGCUGGGGCGCCCCACAUUCCUGCCCAGACUCCCGAUAGCCGCUCCCCUACUCCCGGGGCAGGAAGCCUGGGGGUGGAGGCUGAAUUCCAGGCUGGGUGGGGGUGGGGAGGGGCGAGGUGGGCUGCGCUGGUCGGAGAAGCCAGCCCGGAAAUGGGGCGAGGCAACUCAGCCUCGGUGUCUCUGAAUCUGCGUUUCCUUUGUGGGGGGCCCUCGCGGUAGCGAGUCGCCCCACCCCAGCUCCGAGCUGGUUCCCAAUCGACACUGUUCACCGGUCUUAGCCUCACCCACCGGAAGCCAGCACCCCCUUCCCGAAAACACACUCACACCUGCCUAUUGGCUGUGCACCCCCAGCUGUCCUCCUUCGGCCCUCCACCCUCAUGGUUCAGCCCUGCCCCCCUUGUCAGUCCCAGCUGCUCCCCUCCUCCUUCGGAGUCAGUCGCCCUUCCAGGCCCCCCACCCCACCCCGCCCCAGUACAGGUCUCAGCUUCUCCUGCGGGCUUCAGCUCCGGAUCCACCCCAACCCCCAGACCCCUUUCUUCUCUGUGCCAGUCCUGGCUCCUCUCUCGCGUAUUUAUAAGUGUCGGGUCGGGCUGUGGGCGCGGCGUCCCCGGCGCAUAUCGUAGGCUGUGUACCGUGGCCGUGCCGUCAGCGUGUGCGUGUGUGCCGUGUCGAGGCCGUGUAGAGUGCAUUGUACAGCAUAUUUUCAUGAAUAAAAUUG